AUGGCGUGGCCGAAUCCCUUCAGGAGGAAGGACGAAAACACCCGAACAUGCUGGGGUUACACAUUCCAGUUGACGCCGGAGCAUCUCACUCCGGAACAAGCGCAUCCGUUAAAGUAUACAUACGACGUGCUAGGGGAAGAAUGCUAUGAUAUCCUCAACCAAAUCAGCUCAUCGGAGGCAGAGGCAGAACCGCAACCUCCCAACGGAGUCGGAAAAUCUCCUUCGUCAAAGCAAAAGCCAAAGCGAGAUCUGUAUCUCCUCCUCGAGGCCAACGCGGAAAAAGACGAGAAGCUCAGGCAGCUCUGGGACGAAGUGACGACGGUGCCUUACUGGGUGGACUGGGACCAGAUUGGGCGUGGACAAGAUGUCUUCUACCGAUACGGAGGAGCGACCUUGACGGGGCUGGCCUUCCAAUCUUUGCUUGGAGGCAUGGGCGCAAACCGAGUGGUCGAAGUGCUUGCCAGAACGGGAGGGUUCUCGGUCAAAGUGGCUCGACACCGACUGUUUGAGACGACGCAGCAUAUACUGGAGUGCACCAGGUCAAUCGAAUCCAUCCAACCGGGAGGCGCCGGGUUCGCGUCCAGCCUCCGAGUGAGACUGUUGCACGCAGCCGUCAGACAGCGGAUCAUGAAGCUGGCAAAGACGCGGCCGGGCUACUACAGCGUGGAGAAGUACGGCGUGCCCAUCAACGACCUCGACUGCAUCGCCACCAUCGGCACUUUCUCCGGAACCAUCAUCUGGCUUUCGCUGCCGCGGCAAGGGAUCUGGUUGCGGGAGCAGGAAAUCCUCGACUACAUCGCACUCUGGCGACUCAUCGCGCACUACAUGGGCACUCCGACCGAGUGGUUCGAGACCCCGGCCAAAGCCAAAGCCAUGAUGGAAUCGCUGCUGAUGAACGAAAUCCAUCCUACCGAAACAUCCAAGAUCCUGGCCGCCAACGUCAUCCGCUGCCUCGAAGCCCAGCCGCCCACGUACGCGUCGCGCUCUUUUCUCGAAGUCAAUGCCCGUUGGCUCAAUGGAAGCGAGCUCUGCGACGCCCUCGGUCUUGCUCGCCCCUCGGCCUGGUACUGGGCUCUCAUGGCUGGCCAGUGUAUCUUCUUCAUGUCGAUCUGCUACGUGUACCGCUCCAUCCCGGCGCUGGACAGGCGGAAAGUUUCGACCUUGCGCAAAGUCUUCUGGGGGCUUAUUGUCGAGGGCAAGCACGGCCUGGGGGAGAAAACCGUAUUUGAAUUCAAAUACGUCCCCGAUUAUCACGUCCUGACUGCCAGAGGAGGAGAUGAACAUGCCAAACCCAAGGCCGUCGGCAUCGAGAGAAGGAAUCUCAAUUCCCUGCUCAUCGCCACCGGCUGUCUCGUUGCUGCUGGCUACGUAGGCUUGAAGACAACAUCGGCCAUUCUGGAGAGGAUCUUCUAG